UUUCUCUCGAGCUCGAUCUUUGUGCGUGUUUGCUUUCUCUUCUUCCUUCCUUUCUCAAACCCAAUACCAACAACCACACCAUCACCAUCAUGCCUUCAUCACAGCAGAGACGCCGAAUCCUCGAAGACUCCGAUGAAGAGUCAAGCAGCGAUGAGUCGGAGGUAGAAGUGGUUUCGCCACCAAAACAAGCUGUUGAGACACCGGCUCCAAAGAAACCACAAGAGCAGCGGAGGACUCCUGCUUCAUCGUCUUCAAGCUCUGGUGUGUCCAGUUCCUUUCGUCUCACUCGAGUGUCUUCCGUGAGAAACAAAACAACUGCCAAAGCAGCAAAAGGAACAACAGCAACAGCGACAAGCACAUCACAGCGCAAGCGGAUACGUUCUCUUUUGGCAAAGUCUUCUUCAUCAUCAUCGUCAACCUCUACGGAAGAAUGUCAAUCAUCAGAUUCUGAAGCGGCCGAAAAAGGACGGGGUACCUCUCAUCAUAGUUCAUCAAUCCGGAGUCAGAAAAGCACAAAGCAAAACGGAUCCGCUAGAACGUCAAAACAGCAACAGUUCCUAUCUGAUACUGACUCUGAUUCGGACGAUUCUCUCCUGCGAGAUCCAACGAUCAAGAAGAAACCUGCUGACAACCACAAACGAGCUGCAAGUCUACCCGCCAAAGGAAAAAUUGAUGUGUCUAUUGGAAGUUCUUCGGAUUCUGGUGAUGACUCGGAUUCUGUGGUGGACAGUGGGCGUGAGAAGCAAAAACCAACCGCCAUCCACCCUAAAGUGACAACAACAAUGAAAUCACAGCCAACGGCGGCGUCAGCAAAACACCGAAAGCCUCCAGCCCAACCAAUACAACGCAAUCCACCCGCUCAACCCAAAUCAAGAUUGCCACCGGCUCAACCAAAAAACAGUUCUAGAUCUGCGGCAAAGACGACUAGAAGCCAACGGUUCUCUCGCAACAGCUCACUGCGUCCUCAAUUCAAUUCGCCAGGGAGUACUUCCCACGAAUCCUCUGUCAUGCGACAUAUGGCAAGAAAGUGUGCAACCCUGCGACAGACUGCAAACGAUGAUGAAGGAUCCUCCAUGGUCGGCAUGUCAUCCGACGAAGACGAUUUGAACCCACCGCAGAGAAAGAACUGUGGUGGUGGGGUGGACGACAAAGAUGAUCUGUCUUUAGUAGAAGGAGGUGGCAAUUAUAAUCAAGACAUCUCCUGUGGGAUUCGAAAGCAAGACAAGGCUCCCCCUCCGAGCCGCUUGGCAGACCAGUCGGAUAGUAGUUCAGAAAGUUGUAUCAGUCCACAACAAAAGGAGGGGAGCAAUGACAACGACGAAGAUUCUGUUGAUACGGUCGAGUUGGCAUUGAAAUUGCGGUCCAAUGUAGGCCUCCCAACGAGACCCCAGGAUGUGGCCGUUGCGGCAGAACCGGAGGAUAGCACACAGCAGUCUCCAAGAAAUUCUCCACGAGAGGAGCCAAGACAAUCUACUCUGAUGGACAAUGUCCAGGAAUUCGCGCAAGGCGAAGAUCAGGAAGAGUUUGUCUUGCCUCCUUGUGAUUCUUCUUCCUCUUCGUCAUCUUCGGCUAGUAGCCACAGAGCAGAUCAACUACAAGGUAGUACCGUCCUUUCUCGUCAAGAGACAUCCGUUCCAUCCAUCAUUGGCGUGGACCGAAACUACUCCAGCUCUAGGGCAGGGACACAGGAGGAGCUGCAUCAUGCACUGCCCACCGGUGCGUCUCAUGCACAUCAUCAGCAAGGAGUACAACCAUGGAGCCAAGAUCAUGCAGAUGCUUCUAAUUCACAUCGCUAUCACACUGAUCAAACAACGACGCAAUAUCGGCCUUCUGUUUCCAACCUGUCCCGCAACGAUACAAGAACAAACAGUGCCAGGGCUGAGUCGGAGCACAGAUCAAGUGCACCAGUGCACAGGAACAACACUGCAUCUUCCAAACGGCAGGACCAACCACAUACGAACCCGUAUCGGCGAAAGCUCACUUCACCCACAUUCCAAGCCCACACCGCGUCGAAUGCUCCAUUUCCGCCCAAAGCAGGUACGUUUGAACGCAAAGAACCCGACAACCAAGUCCAAAGAGCUUCAACGCAUGGAAUGCAGCACCACCAGCGUGAGGCUAGAGAUUUGGAGUUUGAAAAAUUGGAGGCGAGGGUGUUUGACAGUGAGGACGUGCACAACCCUAGCAGCGUCUGCCAGCAGGAAUCACCUUGCUUUGGUAACAAAAGCCGCAAGGGCGACACUCCGAAGAAACGCGACCUAUCCAAAUUUGGGAUGCAACAGCUUGAAGAUGAGGCAUUCUUCGGCGGCCUCGUGGAUCUCUGUGACGAUGAUAACGAAGACAACAACCGCAAGAUGCCAGCAGCAUCGUCCACUACAGUCCACCACGGCAUUCGUGCACAACAGCCAAAUCGCGGUGUCAAUCACUUCGCAUCUCUUUCAACUAGUAGAAUCACUGCAACCGAAGAGAUUGAAUAUUACUCGGAUGAUAAUGGUCUUCCUCCGUCUUCCACCAUGAGUCGUCCAAGACGAGUGACUGACAUCGGGUAUCCUCACGGUGGUUCAAGAACGCACUCAGGGAUGUCUACUGCGGACUUUGGUUCAAGUCCUGCUGCUGUAUACAAUGCUCGCAACCAAAGCGGUGGCACCACUGCUGGAUUGGCGCAACACGGAUCCACAAUGCCUCAAGGCAACCAACGGCAACCUACUAAACGGAGGAGGAUUCGUGACGCCUCCAACAGUAAUCCGUUCCAUGCCGCAUCAGUGGCGAGGAAACCCAUCCAAUCAACAAACGAUGAAACUGUGUUCUACCGGCAACCUGCAACCACCCACGACAGUACACCUUUCUGGCAACAGCCAUCGGUGAGAAAUGACCUGGCUGGAGGCUCGGGCGUGGGGGCUGGGAGCUACAGGCUUGAGCGUGGGCAACAGGCAGAGGAAGAGGACGAAAGCAACGAAUACUACGAUCGCCAACCUACACGGGGCAGAAGAAAAGCAACAUCCGGUCGCGGCAGAAAGGCGUCGAGGAGCAAAUCAGGAACGAGUAGCAGGAAGAGCAACUACAAGAGAAAGGGCGGAUGGAGAGGACGUGGCGGUGGACGCGGACGCGGCGGUAGAGGGGGAAGGGGCGGCAGAGGGGGGUGGCGGAGAGGUAACUCAUCCGGUGGAAUUGUGAUGGAAAGCCAACACGAUGAUCUUUUGCGGGGAGUCGGCGGGGCUGAUAUUACCUUCUAACUACACAUAGAUUCCAUUGCCGAAUGUCUAACCAGUACUAUAAUGCACCCGCCUUUAUUGCUGCUUUGACUCGACUUUGCGAAGAUAAUUGGAGGUACUAGCUCACC